CGACGCAGAAACCACUUCCUGUUUUAAAAGUGCAGCAAAAACACGCAAAUUUUAAAUAACAAGCUUUAAUUCUUGUUAUGUAUGAUACAGAUAACAGAAAGAUGCUGGCUAUACAAAACAGUACUUCAUUGUUUUGAAGAAACCUUCAAAAAUGAAAUGUCCGGGAAACAACUGUAUGAUGGUAUGAAACAGGAUUGUACCUGACUGGAGAUAAAGUGCUUUGAUGAGAGUAUGUUAGCUGGCUGUUACUAUGGAUAUAAAUGGGAAGAUGGAAAAUUGUAUAAACACUAAGACUUUCCGGAAUGGAUAAUUCCGGUUUUGUGUCCUUAAAUUUUAGUAUGAAUGUUGCGAACAGUCAAGCACAGUCAACAAGUCAGAUUUUGCAACAGUUACCAGGUAUACAGCAAUUGUUUACCCAGAAUGCACCUGUUAAACCAUCUGGUGCCCCACAGAAUGUCAUCCAACAAGCAAUUUUACCAGUCAACAAUCCACAACAGGCUGGGAACCAAACUGUCAUGGCUUCUCAGACUGGUUUGCAGUUUGUUGGGCAACCAGCACCUGGCUUUUUGGGUCAGCAGCAACAACAGCAACAUUUGUUGGCACAGCAUGCUGCAGCCCAGCAAAUGUUAGGUCCUAGGGGUGUGUACACUGCCAACUACCAGUUAAUGCCCAGAAACUACACCCUUGUAAAUCAAGGAGUACAAGGUGCAGGAGUUGCUGUACAACUGAGUCCCCAGCAAAUUGGAACCAACAUUGGAACAGCCACACUCUCACCACUAGAACAGCAACAACAGUUCUUGCAGUCAGCAGGGUUCGAUCCCCAGAUAGCAGCUCUGCACCAAAAUCAGCAACAGAUAGCUUUUCAGAAUGCUAAUGGCCAGCUUAUGAUCCAAAGUCCCACACAGCAGUUAAUGCUUCAGAGUCCAAACCAACAGUUUGCAUUGCAAAGCCCUACACAGCAAUUUACCAUUCAAAAUCAAAACCAGUUUGCAGUUCAGAGCCCAAGCAUUGCUCAGUUUACACCUCAGCAACAGCUGUUGUCAAAUGGUCAAGGUAACAAUGUUUUAGUUCAAGGCCAAAAUGGUGGAAUGAUUCUACAAAGUGAAAAUUUUAUGGCCCAAGGACUUAAUCAGAAUGUGUUCAUGCAAAACCCAAGCAUUGUUCAAAAUGUUAACCAACAGAUCUAUGGAAAUGCCCAGAAUAUCUUGACGAAUCAAAUUCCUGGACUACUUUCUCAGCCACAGGUAAUAACCAAUCAGAAUAUGGGCAUACUAUCUGUCAACCAAUCACCAACUGGAAAUGGAAACCUAGACAAUCUUACAAAAGCCAAUUCUCAAAGUAAUAAUUCUGGAAUAACCAAUCAACAAAUGCAACUUCUAGCACAGAUAGCAAAUCAUGGUGGUACGGAACUGAGCCAGAAUUUGCAAAACCAACAAAAUAUGGCAAAUUCAUCGAACCCUAACCAGUCUUUGCCUAGUUUUGGACAUUUUCUUCUGCAUCACCAUAUGCAGAGUUUGCCACACCCUUUCCUACAAAAUCUUGGAAUAAACUCGGUUGGUUCACAGCAGGCAGUAGUAACUAAUGCUGCUUCUGACCAAAAUAUUACUAGAAAUCUUAUUGGUGCUUCAAGUCAAACUGCCACAUUAUUGGCCAAUCAGUGUGUUCCUAACUUAAGUUCAAAUGAUAAUAGUAUGCAAAUUAAGACAGUUAGUGAUAAUAAUAUCAAUGCUGAAUUUAAUAACUGGAAUAUAGAACAGUUCUCAAAUCAGUCUCGGGUUGUGAACAAUGUCUCUUCAACAGGUGUACAGAGUUUGCAAACCAAACAAGUUAAAGGUGUAGAGUUGAAGCCUGGUGUUCAAAAACUGUGUUCCUCAAAGCCUUCAAGUACUAUAACAACAUCUAAUGCAAUAUCAACAGGUGUUGUCACAACACUUUCAAAUGUGCUGUCAAGAGCAACAAUGCCAUUGAAGGUAUGCACAAACGAAGGAAAAGGAAACAUUACAUUACAAAAUGCUGGUGUCUCUGACACCUUCAAACAAAACGUUAUUCAAGAUCUGAAACCACAAUCAGACUUGGGAUCACCGAAUAAACUGAAUGGAUCUGAACAAAAUACAAUUAUGGUGCCAUAUGGAUGGGUGAGAGCAUUAGAAGGAGAUUCCAUUGUAUAUUAUAGUCCCACUUGUACUAGACUGACGUCAGCUGAAAGUGUAAGACAGUACUUGGUUACUGAUGGAACUUGUAAGUGUGGUCUAGACUGCCCAUUUCACAUUGAAAAAGUAUUUAACUUUAGCAGUGAGGUGAUUAGCAUCAAAUGGACUCCUUCCAGCAUAAAGGACACAGGCAAUUUAUGUAACCAUAAAAGAAAAUUUUCAGCUGUGUGCCAGACAAGCAGAUCUGGCUUAGCUUUGAGACCUGAUGUUUCCUUGGUAUCAAGCAGUGCAAUGAUGUCUCCACGUGUCUCUAGCACUGUGCAAGAGAAUCAGGGUUUAUACACAAGCAAUAAAAAACAAAAAAUGGACAAUAUGAAUGAAAACAAUGAACUAAAGGCAGAAAAUUUUACCACUGACAUGGAAAAGAAACAGAAAUCUGCAAGUUCACUUGAGUUGUCUAAUCAGACUGUUACUGGUGUUAAUAGUAAUAAUGUAGUGGUUAGGAAAUCAGACGAUAGAUUUAAAGACAAUACUGCAAAACAGAUGAUCUCUGAUAAUAUUGUGAGUACAAGUUUAGUAGAAAGUAGUGCUCUCUAUAUAGAUACUGAUGAAUGUAAACCAGCAGAUGUAACAACAGCAGAAAAUGAGAAGUGUUCAAUAAAGGAAAGUAUUCAAGCUUGUAACACAGGUGAUAAAGGAGAAAAUGAAGUGGUUAAAACAUCUAUAAAUCUUCUGAAGACCAUUCCAAAGCUGCCUCUUACCCAGAAUAGUAGUGGAAUAAAGACAGAUGGUUUAUCACCACUAAGAGUAGAAAAUGCUAGUGUUAACAGUAAUAUAUCCAAGAACAUUGAGGGGAAAGUUUCAGCUUCAGAAGCAGUGAAAAAUGAAUUGGUACCUUCGUCUGUAAGUAGUCUUCAUCUGACCCAACAGGUUGUACAGUCUUCAAGUGCGGGAUUGAAAUCGCCAGUGCAUCUAAAAUCAAACACUGAAAAAAAAGUGUCUCCAUCAAAGUCUAAGAGUCCUGUGAGGUCUCGGUCAAGAUCAUCGGCAAGUUCAAGGUUACCAUCUGAUCUUUCAUCACCUGGGUCAGAAAGAAAUAGUUCAUCUAGAUGCUCUGAUAGGUCAUUGUCGCCAAGAAAUGACCAUGGCUUUUCUGCAGAAAUGUUUACUCAUUUUAUGAACUUUUGUGGUGUGAAUCCGUCAGAUCUGCCUCCAGUUUUUCAGCAAAAUUUCAUUAGAGUUCCUAGUGCAAGUCCAUCAGGUAAGAGUCCAACGGUGCAAGCAAGUGUUCCACAAAUACAUAAUACAAGAAAAUCAGAUAGGCUGAAGUUACCUGUAUUACCACCAAAUCCUUUGACACCCUUCCAAGCAAAUGUUCUUGCAAAUUUGCAUAAACUGUCUAGUCCUCCAAAUCAACAAGUGUUCCCUCCAUUUAAUUUGCCAGGACUUCCAGGAAAUGUCCAUGGUGGCUAUCAGCAUGGUGCUAGUGUGAAUUCAAAAGGCAGCUCUUUGACAGCAGCAAAUGUCCGCCCAUUCUCCCAUAAUCAAGGACCAGGCUUUCCAUUUAGUUCAAUGUUUUCAACUUUAGGGGGAACACAUCCGCAGAUGUCAAAUUUUGUGUGGUUAAGUCCAGAUGGAAAAAGUAAAAACAAGAAAGGAAGGAAUAAGAAAGUUGAUUGCGAAAAAAUGGAAGAUCUCUUUGACAGUAAUGUUCCACCACCGAAUGUUGAUGUAAGUCAGUUGAAAGAUAAAGGUCAUGGUCCAAUUCCAAAGCAGAAAAUAGCAUCUUUUCUAGAAAAUCCAACAGAGUUUUUGAAACAGCAAACAGAACUUGUCAAUAAUUCGAUGUCAUCUACAUGCUCAAGUCCUGCUGUUGAAGGCAAAAGAUCUGAAAAUGUCGAACAGGCUGAUGGUGAGAAAACAAGGUCAGAUUCAGCUUGCUCGGAUAGACUAAACAGUCCAUUUAGACCAGAAAAAGAAGUUUUUGACAAAGAAACUGCAAAAGUAUUGAAACCAGCAGAAAAUGUGGUUGAGUCUUCUAAAGUCUCAUCAGAAAAUGUUGAAGAUAAUUUUGUUAUUGCAUCUACCAGACAAGAUGUUACUCUCUCAAAUGAAUGUAUAGUCUCAAAAGAAUUGACAGUCAUACAGUCUGCCCCUGUUGCAAGUGCCCCACCGACGCCCACAACUGUGGUUCAUCACACACCUGGAUCUUUGUCUUGCCACCAGAUGUCACUUAUAAAGGCUAGACAACAUUCUCUUGGUUUGAAAGAUUGCAAACAGGAUGUACCACAGGGGAGUCUACUGAAUCCAAUAGCAGCUAUUCUAAAUGAUCCAAAGAUAGGUCAGGUGUUCCAACAGAUGUUUCCUGAGGCAGUACAAGAGGCUCUAAUGCAAUCCCUUGAUCUACCAAGAACAAGUAUUCCAGCUGUUGGGGGUCAGAGCCAAGUGCUGUCUCACCCUGCAACAUUAGGCACCUCAAAAACAUCCAGUGCACCUAUGAUACCUAACCUAAUAACUACACCAUCAACUCUUCCCCAAACAAAUACUGGCAUGAUGCCUAUGGCAGUGCAGAGACCAAGUUUUCCUAUCCAGGAAUUGCUUAGUAACUUGUCACAAGGUGAAUUCCCUGCAAGCUCAUUGUUAUCAGCAGCAGCAAAGGCACAAAUUGCCCAACAGAAUCACCUUAGCAUGCUUAUGGCCCAUCAUCUUGGACCUUUAUCAAAUAACAUGUUACCUUUACAGAACCAGACUGUCUCAUCGGCACUGUGCCAUGGUACAAAUACCAUUCAAACUUCUUCAGUUUCUGCUGCAGAAAGCCAUAUGUUACCACUGCCGGUAUCUUCUGUACUUGGGAAAACAUCAGUGAACAAUGUAACUGCGAAUGCAAAUGUCCCCGUCAACUCUACAGACAAACCAAAACCAAAAUCAGGUGCCCCAAAAAUUUCAGAACUUUUAAAUAGAAAUGAUUCCAAUAAGCAGAGUGGGCGCCAUGAGGUUGAAAUGUUCAAUUUAAUCCAGCAGUUACAAAAACAAGGAACAUCAAGCCAUAUUCCAAUACCAGAAAUGGUUAAAAUGGCUCAUUUAGGACAAGCAUUGCCACCUCAGCCCCCAGUACAUAAUCUCGCUAAUCCAAGUGUAACAACAGAGAACAUGAAUAGCUCAACAUUAGUUGCACCAGUUGUUAGUGCCAUGCCCGGUGGCCAGCAUACACCCUUGAUUGAUGCACAGUUGUUGCAAAUGUACAAUGCACUUGGAUUUCCUUUACAAAAUGUUACUCCGCAGAAACAACAGUUAAGUGCAUCUGACACACAGUUACAUGCCCCUGACAUGUGUGUAGACACAGCUGCUUCAAAUACCACAUUGAAUCAACUUAUGAACAGUCAGCCAAAUUCCUCAUCUGUUUCAAGCUUACCUCUAUUGUUACGACAACAAGACCACGGCAAUAGUGCAGUUUCAAAUAUGCAAAAUUUUGUUCCAUUACUUGGAAAUUCCAAUGGUCCUGCACAAAUGUUAAAUCUUCAAGGUAUCCACAAUCCUUCAAAUAUCAAUGAAAUUUUACAACAGCAUACAUCAUUUGGUCAUUCUGCACCACAUAACAGUGGUGUUCAUUUGCAGCCAUCAAACCAGUCUGUUAGUAUACCUAACUCAGUUGCUGAUGCAUCUCAUAAUCCCCUUCUUAUUGGCAAUCCAAUGGCAAUGAACUCAAAUGCACAGGCAGUGAUGAACAUGUUGAAUAUUCAGCAGUCCAUUGGAAAUGGAACAAACCUUACUGCCAUGCAGCUACAGACGUUACAGCUGCAGCAGCAGCUACUGCAGCAGUUGCAACAAGUACAGGGGAUGCAGAGUCUAAUUAGCCAGUACAAUCUGCAGAACAUUGCUGUAAAUAACAAUGCUACAGUUGAAAGGAGGCAGACAAAUAAUGUAGCCAAUGCAAACAGUGAUGUUGUUGUGACAGAACCAUCUAGAAAUGAUAUUGCCGAUCAGUCUGUUGCUGCAGCUAUGCCAAAUGUAGAAGUUUGUGUAUCUUCUUCUGUUGAGGCUAACAAUGUAAACACUGGGCCGUUGCCAAUGGUUUCAGGAGGUACAGAAGAGGUCACACUCAGAAGAUCUAACACUGUACGAGUCAUUGCGGCUGCAGACACAACAGAAGAUUGCAGCUCAACAACAAGAACUGUUGAUAUAGGCACAGAAACAGAUGCAAUUGAUGAAGACAAUUCUGAACUUCAGUCUGAAUAUGAAGAUGAUCUUGAUGAGAACACAAGUAAUGCAUCACCCUCUGAUAUGGAAUCAGAUCCUGGUGAAAUUACAUUAAUAAAAGCUGUAUCUAGCAAUACUUUGCCACCAGCUACUUUGCCUGUUUCAAAAACAUCAAAUUUGAAUACCUGUUUAGCAAUAGCGACCCAGAAAGGUACAACAAGAUCAAGCGAACUAGAGUCCAGGUUGCUUGGAGAAAAAUCUAGCCUUGCUAGAAGUCAAAAUUUGGCUGCAGAGUUAACAAAGCCUUCUGGCAAUGAAUUAAAAUUAAAGAUAAAGCGAAAACGAUUAUUAGAAUGCUCCGUUGAAAGAGCUGUUGAAGCAGCGAAGAAGAUGAAAAGUAAAGAAAGGAGAGAAGAGCAAAUUUACUUUGAGAAAAAGGAAUUACGAUCAUCAACAUUAGCUGCUACAAAAGCAUCAUCUUCUCUGGCAGCAGUAAUAAGUAAAGGGAAAGAUGCAAGUAGAAUGAAAGAAAUGCAGGUUGAGGCAAAAUCUGACAUUAAACAGGUACCAUGUGAUGGUGAUCCUAAACCAUCGUGCUCAAAUGAAGAUAUUGUUGCAAAAGAAAUCCAGAAGAAAACUCAAGUCUCUAAUGAAUAUCUUGAAUGUGAUUCAUCAGUUGAUUCUGAUAACAGCUCACAGACUUUAGAUAUUACAAACAACACUACAGAAUGUGUAAAGAAAGACAAUCUCACAAGUCGUAUAGCUGCAGCAUUGUCAAGUCAGAAAGGUCAGUGGCAGUUGUCAUGUCUGAAGAAAAAUUUGGCACAGAUAUGUGAAGGUCCUAAAGAAACACAGACAAGCAGUGAAGGGGAUACAGAAUUUAAUGUAACAGAGAUAGGGCAGCAACAGGGGGAACAUGUCACUUCUAAAGAAGAGGAAGAAGGAAGCUAUGAAGGUCAUCAGGAACAGCAGUCACUAUUAUCAAGAGUGUUCAGUACUGGGGACCUUGUAUGGGGGCAAAUUCGGGGCUUUCCAUCUUGGCCCGGCAAACUUGUUGACAACACUGAAUCCAAGUGUGGAGAUACGAUCGAAGGCAAAGUAUUUGUAAAAUGGUUUGGUGAUAAUACGGUGACUCAGGUGGAACCUAAUAAACUGAAGACCUUAUCUGAAGGGCUAGAAGCACAUCAUAAAGCAAGAAAAAAACAUAGAAGGGGAAGGAAAAUGAACAGUAACUUGGAGCAAGCUAUACAGCAAGCCAUGGCUGAGCUAGACAAGAAAACAGCGUCAACAGCUGUUCAGUGUAAAAACGAGCUAGACAAGAAAGCAACUUCAACUGCUGUUCAGUGUAAACAUGAGCUGGACAAGAAAACAUCAGCAGCUGUGAUGUGUAAACAAGAGCUAGACAAGAAGACAGCUUCAACAGCAGUUCAGUGUAAACAGGAUUUAGACAAGAAGACAUCUGCAGCAGCUGUUCAGUGUAAACAAAUGAAUAAAUCUGACAAAAUAAUGAAACAAGUGAAAGUUAAACAGAAGAAGUAGAUGAAUGGGAUGAAGACAUCAUUUGGAACGAGAGAGACUAAAAUACACCGUGAAAAUUAUGUUAUGGAAAUAAUUGGUUUCUUUGAAAGUUGCUGUUACAAUAGCAUUGGGUUGUAUCUGUGAAAGUAUAUUUGUUAAAUGCAGACAUUUAUAUCACUGUUACUUUUAUUUUCAAGUUUUAUUGCUGUGCUAUUUGCCCUUGAAACUUACUGGAAAUGGAUUUUACGUGAAGUUGUAGGUGAAUGUCUUAUUAAAGGUUAAAAAGUGAUGUUUAAUGUGAAUGUUUUUAAGAAACAAAGUGUGUAAAAUGUUGCACAUUAAAUUUGUUAGCUUCUACAAUCAACUUGAAUGUAUUACUGCCGAGCUUUUGUAAAUUAACAUUUUUCAUCAAUUGUUUUAAUUGAACUAUGUACUUGUAGUUAAAUGCAGUACAAUUAUGUGCAUAUUUUUUCUUGCACAAAAUGAUUUUUUUUUUUUCAAAUGACACCAGUAAUGCAAGUUUGUUAUUGUAGACGUUAUUAUAUCACUAAAAAGUGCCAGAUUGGCAGUUUUAUUAAAGGCUUAGGGUUCUCAUGGAAAUAUAUAUAAUAUAAACCAGAUUUACAGAAUUUCUGUAGGUGUUUAAUAUUACUUACGACGUUUCUGUGUUUUGAGAAGUUUAAUGAUAGGAAACUCAGUUAUAAACACUGUUGUUUUUUAGUGGUUGUGAAAAAUAUUUAAGAUUAUUAUUUAGUUAGGUAGAAACUUUUAUAAUAAUGUCACAUGAUUGUAUGGUAUAUUGCUAUCAUUUUAUUUGUAUAUACAUGCAAAACGGUAGAGUAUUUUCUUAGAUACAAUUCUUUUACUAUGUGCCAUAUUGUUGAUUACUUUUAUUUACAUGUGUAACAGUAGAUCUGAAUUUGGGCAUAAACGUUGUAACUUGUGUGUUAGAGGGUUACAGCAUGUUGCAUUAAGGUUUAGAUUUAUUUACAGGUUGGAAGUGUUCAGUGUUACGCAGUUUUGUUUCAAUUGUUGUUAAAGGGUUUACCCAUGAUAGAAAAUAUGCAAUUUAAUAUAUUUUGUGAUUAGUUAUUUUAAUCAAAACUGUUUUAAUACGAUGUGUUUACUACACAAACUGCAUAUUUGAUGAAAUAAAUUGUUAUGUUUAUGGUUGAUAAUGUUUUUAGGGAAGCAAGGGUAAUCUACUUUUUAGCUCUUAUAUUCUUAAACAUGAAACAUACAUUGACAUAUAUAGUUAUAUAUAUAUAUAUAUAUAUAUAUAUUUGUAUUUAUCUCCAUGUUAUGUUGGAGAACUAACAGAAAAAUUCCCUAUUUGUUUAUUUUGCAAGAAGUUUUUUUUUAUGUUUUGUUGAGUUGUAGUCCAGCAACCGAUCUUCUCACAGAUUUGUUUAUAUUGGUGACGUACAUCUUUUGUCUUCAUUGUGUGCUACUUGUGUUCAAAAAAUUUACAUUAGACACUUCUGUUUUCAACAUUAUUUUCUGUUAAACAAGUGCUUAUAUUGUUUUAAAUUGUUUAAAAAUCCUUUUUUUUAUAAAUAGAAUAUCUCUUACUGUUGACUGCUUUGAUGUUAGAGUGCUAUUUAUAUUGCAUUACAUUAAACUGCCUGAAACCAUCAAAAGUAUUUGAUGUGCUGUUGCAUACUUUUGUAAUUAAAAGUACAAUUAUUGUGUUGUUGGUUGCUUCAAACAAACACACCAAAUUGCAUGUUUGUAGUUCUUCUGGGAACUGAUUUGUCUCCCUUGCAUUAUUAAUACCAUGUUGCAGUUUGUUCCCGAGUCUUUAUAUGUGACAUUUGGUCGUAUUCUGAACUGUACUUUUUCUGCCCAUUACUGACACAUUUUAUCUACUAAGUUUCUUCUUAAAUUCGGUCCUAUUUUUAAUUGAGAGUGUAUGAGUUUUUUUAUUGUUAAUAUUUAUAAUGUCUUUGAAUUGAUUGUUUGGUAAGUUUUCUCUAGGUAUAUAACUUUUAUGUUCUGUAAAUCAAUAGAUAAAAAAUAUUUAUGUCCCUGAAUGGAUUUUGAUGAAAUUUUGAUAGCUGAAUCAUGGAAGGAUCAGUUACUAAAAGAUAUUUUCCAUUAUUAAAGGUGUUAGCAGAGAUGGGUGAUCAGAUGGUCAAUACAGUAGGAUUAUUAUAAUAGUAGCUUGAUCUGGGAUGCUGUAUUCAGCUUGAAUGGAUUUUGCCAGAUCGGAUCUCACGAGACAUGCAAGCGCCAUGUGUGAUCCAUCCUUGCAAAAUCAACAAGAGCCAAAUACAGCAUCCCAGAUCAAGCUACUGUUGUAAUAACCCUUUUAAUUUAUACCUCCACCUUUUUGUUUGUUGUUUUAUUAUCGAACGAUAUCUUCAAUGUUUGUUGAUGUUGAAAUAGAAAUGAGUGAACUUUUUGUGUGUGGUAUUUAUAGAACUGUAUCAGGUCAUGAAUAUUAAAUGAAAGUAGUCCAGCAGUAUACAAUACAAAAGGUACAAUAUGGAAUUUUUGUCUGCCUGUUCAUAUUUACUUGUGAAAUACAGGCCAGAUUUUUACAGAAUUUAUACAGGUAUAUAAUAAAAUCUUACACCCACUUUGCUGCUAUUUUAUUUCAUUUCAAGAAGUAACUAUCAAACAGACUGCAACAAUUUUUUUCUCUUGUUUUGCUUGGAUAAUUAAGUUGUAUGAUGAUACAGCUUCAAGACUAUCUUACAGUUUGAAUAUUUGAGUGACAGUUUUAUGGUCUUCAUUGUGUUUUAUGUAUUUUGUUUUAUUAUGUGCAGGUUAGUGCUGAUUGUUGAAAUAUUAAGUAUUUUAUGCUUCUUUAUGUGCAAUAUUUUCAAGAUCAUUCUUAUUUUCUCUUAGUUGAUUGUAGUUAGUAUAGUAUAACUGUUUAACCUUUAACCUGCUGGCUCAAGUGAUUCUGCCUUUGCGUCCAGUGCAGACCAUGAUGAGCCUGCACGGAUCAUCUCGGUCUAUGCUGUUCGCUAUUCAGUCAGUAAAUUUUCAGUGAACACCCCUUUGAAUAAUGAGUGGUACUGCCCAAAUUGAAUGUUGGACCAGUUCAUUUUAGAAAUUUAGCAGGGUAAAGGUUAAAAAAUGUAAAUAUUGUAUGAGUGGUCCAUUUAUAUAACCAGGGAACACAGUGAUUUGUUUGGAUAUUUCUAUGACACCUUACUGGCUAAAUCAAGAGGCGUAACUCUUUCAGCUUGUACAUUAGUAUUAUCCACUUGAAAUUCAAUUUAUUGAAAUUCAUAGAUGUUAAAAAAACUGUGGCUUACAGCAUCAAACACAAAUGCUCCAAUUUCCUUGAUUAUUCUAUGGCCCAUCUCUGUGUGGAAUGAAUACCGGUGAUAACAGUUGAAGAAAGCCAUUCAUCAUCUUAUUUAUAGAUGAUGAUUAUACAA